GUCGUUAUCAUAGAAGACAAGACAAGCUGUGAAAUUGAGAAGUUGAAAGUAAACACUGAUUCUGUAUAAACUGCCGACUGCUAAUUAGGAAAGCAUAAUGUGAACAGGUAGCGUGAAACAGUAUGGGGAUAGAGAGAAAAGCAGAGGGCAGGCAGUAAGGAAGGAAAAAAGGAAGAUGUGUUGAGAGGCAGCCGAUUAUAGGGAACUGUGGUCACAAAAGGUGAUCUGCAACACGGUACAGUAACAGUUUAUUUACACCAUAUAAAAACCUCUGGUCGAUACGUAAGAGGAAAGACUACAUCCCCUCAGCUAACCCGUCACGCAUAGACACCAACGAACAGCUGACACGGAAAACAACAGCUGGUUAAAACAAUGAAAGGGAUGGAGGUGAUGCUCAAAGUGAAAACUGUGCACGAUCUUACAUUUCUACAUCGAAGUAGUUAUAUAAUGAGUGUCAGUCUGUACAUCCAGCACCGUCACAAUAUGAGUCGUAAUUAAAGUGGUAGCUAUCAUGAGUGCGCCGUGCUGGUCAUGCAAUCUGGUGGGUGAGGAUCACCGUGCUCCACCCUUCGGGCUCCCCUCCCUCUGCCAUGACAUGGUAGAGGGCGUGUCGGACAGCGGCUGGCACGCCACCCUGACACGGGGGUUGAACGAGGCGUGGCAAACCAGACUAUUCACUGACCUCGUCAUCAGGACUCAGGACCAAGUCAUUCAUGCUCACAAGGUUAUUCUCGCAGCAGCGUCACCUUACUUCAGAGCCAUGCUGUCCGCCGGGUUGGUGGAGGGGCAGACGCAGACCCUCGUGCUGGAGGACGUGUCGGGCAAUGUGCUCAACACAGUGCUCACUUUCGUCUACACAGGCCGCGCUUCCCUCACGGAGCACAAUGUCCAAGAGGUGCUCACUCUGGCAGACUACUUUCAGAUACAUUCCUUGAAAAAACUGUGUUGUUACCACCUCAAAACCCAUCUGGUGUCUCGCACUUGUCUCAGAGUAUAUGAAGUGGCAGCCCUUCACAGGUGCAAUGAUCUGGCUGCUGAGGCAUUGGCAUUGGCCACCUCCCAGUGUUCUGAGGUGCUCGCCCAGCCAGACUUCCUUACUCUGCAGCCCGAGACGCUACUCACGCUACUCAAACAGCCUUACCUCAGUGUCGAAACUGAGGAAACACUUUUCGAGGGUGUAGUGGAUUGGGUUUCCAAAAAUCCUCCAGAGCGGCAGAAAUGGCUGCCUGUUCUGAUUAAGAACAUCGAUCUGGAGUUUCUCAAGUCUAACAGGAACAAGUGGCUGACUGUGCUGAAGGAAAAGCAGCUCUUAGAAGACCUUAAAAAUGUCAUAGAACCUGCUGUGGUGGAAUGUAAUGGCGACGAUGAGGAUUGUGAAAACCAGUACUCUCAAAAGACGAUAAGACACAGUGCCAUGGAAGAGGUUCUGCUUGUGAUGGGAGGAGAGUCCAACGGGCGGCUGCUGCGGAACACCGAGUGCUUUGCGGUGGGUUACUCGUCCUGGCGGUGCAGCAUUCCUGAGGUGGCGAGAAGACCUAACAACCGUAGUUACCAUCAGCUGCAGGUGCUGCCUCCCAUGCAGCACGCACGAGCUUACUGUGCUGUGGCUACUCAGCAAAACAUGGUUUACGUUCUCGGGGGACAAACUACCAAAACCUUCCUUGCAUCGUGUGAGUGUUACAAUGUUCUCAGCAACAGUUGGCACCACCUGAAUGACUUGCCAGAGGCCAUGCAUGGGUCAGGGGCUGCCUUCCUUGAUGGUAGCCUAUAUCUGGCUGGAGGGAAGUCACAGGAGCGUUAUCAUUCAGGACUCUGGGUGUAUAGUGAGUACAAAGAUACAUGGUCAAGUCGUGGCUCCAUGGGGCUUGGCAGGGCACACUUUGGUCUGGCAGCACUACAUGGCUCCCUGUAUGCAGUGGGUGGUGUGGGUUGGGCAAAGGGAGGGAGUCAGAUCUUGGACUCCUGUGAAAAGUAUGAUCCAGGAGCAGAUGUCUGGGUUCCUAUUGCCUCACUGGGCCAAGCACGGGCCUAUCUCGGUGUGGCAGUGAUCCAUGACCACCUCUAUGCUAUAGGAGGCUACAAUGGCUCACAGUGGCUCAACUGUGUGGAAAGAUACGACCCUCUCAGAGAUCAGUGGACUUCAGUGUCUCCCAUGAUCAGUGCACGGAGCAGCUUUGGGGUGACAGUCAGUCAUGGGAGGAUCUACUGUCUGGGAGGCUUCAGUGGAGAAUCAAACCUAAACUCAGUUGAGAAGUACAAUCCCCGCACUAACAUGUGGCACUGUGUACAGUCCAUGCAGCUGCGGCGGUAUGGUUUGGUGGCAGCAACUGUUAGUGUUCCAGGAGCAGUGAGGUGAUGACUGCUGUAUGCUCAUGUGUGAAGAUCCUCUAGUAUCUCAAGCUAUGAAAAUGCCAUUGUGAUUCAGUAUCAAGAAGCUGAGGUUGCUUUGCAUUUGUGAGUUGCUCAUGUAUGAAUGUCCUAUUGUAUCUCAAGAUGUGAAAACACAGUAAAGUCUUAUGUUAAGAUGUUCAGUAUGUUUGAAAGAGUUGUCUUGCAUUCACCAAUUCCUCUCUGAUGACAGCUGUAUAUUGUCUUACAGUCUCAAGCUAUAAAAAUAAUAGUACCAGAGUGCAUGUUUUUCUUCUGAUUUAAAAUGACAUACUUUCAAUGUGAUGUGAUAGGCUGUAACAUGAGUUCACUCUAUGAGGACAAUACUUGAUAUGUGAAACCUAAUCUUCCAUUUAUGUAAGCAAUAAAUGUUGUAAUUCAUUGAUGAAGCUAGAAAUAUUUGCAGAAGGAAUGAUGGUAUGGAAAUCUGACUUUCUUCCAAUCAAGUAAUGAAGACAUGUCAAAAUGAAUGUUUUCUUGCUAACAGACCAAUCUUAAUGUUCAACACUAACAUUUGCAUACUCCAUGAGUGCUUCUGCAUUGUGUAGCGUGGUGAGUGUAUCAAUCAGAAUCUGUACCUGUGUAUUUGUGUGGUGGUGUAGUGAAAGAGAUGCCAUAUAA